AUGGCCCGCUCUGAGGUAGUGUUCAUGGCCGCCGUCGCCCUCGUGGUGAUGCUCGCUGCGGCCCCGCGCGCCGCCGUGGCCAUCAACUGCGGCCAGGUGGACUCCGCGGUGGGGCCGUGCCUGCCCUUCGCCCGCGGCGGCGCAGGCCCGUCCACGCAGUGCUGCAACGGCGUCAAGAGCCUCCACAACCAGGCGCGCAGCACCUUCGACCGGCAAACCGCCUGCAACUGCCUCAAGGGCAUCGCUGCCCGCUUCCACGAUCUGAACCUCGCCAACGCCGCCGCCAUCCCCUCCAGGUGCGGCGUCAGCAUCCCCUACACCAUCAGCCCCUCCAUCGACUGCUCCAGGUAA